CAUCUAAUGGUUCACCUUACACCUCAAGGCACAAAGCUAUAUGAUUUCAUAGUCAAACCUCACUCGGCAGGUUAUUGCUCCAACAUUGCAAUCACUUGUGGGCCUCAUUAAUGUAGCUCUUCGACUUCUAGUUCUUUCAAUCGAAACAGCCAGGACCUGUUCCCAUCACGAAAAGUUAAUCAUUGCUUGGAUCCACAGGAUUUCAUCCCAACGACCUUCCGUGUUGAAAGCAAUAGCUACUUAAUUUACUCUAAUGUCAAGAUAGUUUUAUCCUCUCGAAAACGCUUGUCGGAGCUUCAGUAGCUCUGGCACAUCUUUGAAACUUCUACAAUGGGCAAUCUAGCCUUUCAGACAUGUCUCCUGUGGUUGGGAGCUUUAGGCGCAACAGCUCAAUCGCCCCAUCGACAACAAGAACCAAUAAACGAUCAUUAUAAGUACGCAGAAGCAUGUCCGGAUUAUAAGAAAUAUUCUACCUUCAGACAUGGCCCGGUGUCUACUGGUCCUUUGGAAUUGCCUUUCCAGAGGCCUGUCGAGCAAUGUCGAACAUUCUCCUCUCCUUUGGUGGAGAAGGUCAUCGAUGAUAUGUCACUUAAGAUGAUUGAUAAGGAUCUGGCGCGACUAUUCGAAAACGCUUUUCCCAAUACUCUCGACACGACUGUGCGAUGGCAUGUAGAUGGAACUGGAAAACAUACGGAAUUGAAAGCUAGGGAUGUGCGGGACAGUCAAAAGUGGCAGGGAGCCCAGUCGUUUGUGGUUACUGGAGAUAUCAAUGCAGAAUGGCUCAGAGAUUCUACAAACCAAUUGCUUCAAUAUCAGCCUUUGUCGAAGAAGGAUCCAGCUAUCUUCAAUUUAAUCUUGGGAGCUAUCAAUACACAAGCAGAAUAUGUUGUUCAGUCACCAUACUGUAACGCAUUUCAACCUCCCCCGCCCUCGAAGCUUGCUGCAACGGAAAAUGGACAAGAUGAUGUUGUUCACCCCGCAUAUGAACCUUCUUUUGUCUUCGAAUGCAAAUACGAACUAGAUUCCCUUGCAAAUUUCCUGGCUAUAGGAAACUCCUUCUAUAACCACACAGGGUCGAUCGACUUUAUCACCCCACGGUGGUUAACAGCACUCGAGACUCUUCUUAUGGUCCUCGAACAACAAUCCGAAUCUACCUUUGAUUCAAAAACUAGCCAUUUCCAACGUAAUGCUUACACCUUUAGCCGUCGCACCGAGCAAGGAACUGAAACUUUGCCAUUAUCCGGUGUUGGCAACCCUUUGAACUACGGAACCGGUUUGAUACGAAGCGCAUUUCGCCCUUCAGACGAUACUACGAUCCUAGGUUUCUUCAUCCCUGCGAAUGCAAUGAUGUCCGUUGAACUGAAGCGUACCGCCGAAGUGCUCAAAGCAGCGAAACGCUCCGAUUUAGCUCAAACCCUCGAGAAGCGCGCACAAAGCAUCAAAGACGGCAUUAUGAAGCACGCCGUCGUACAACACAAAAAAUGGGGCAAAGUAUUUGCCUACGAAGUAGAUGGUUAUGGCGGCCAAAUACUCAUGGAUGACGCCAACGUUCCUAGUCUCCUCUCCCUCCCAAUCCUUGGUUUCCUGAAACAUGACGACGAAAUCUACAAAAACACUCGAAAGAUGCUUUUAUCCAAAGAUGGUAAUCCAUAUUACCUCGAAGGCAGAGCAUUUAAAGGAAUAGGAGGUCCACAUAUCGGCCCUGAAAAUGCAUGGCCUAUGUCCCUACUCUUACAAGCCAUGACGACCGAUGACGACGAUGAGAUCAUGGAUUGUUUAAAUUUUGUCCUGAGAGCGAGCAAGCUGGGAUUGAUUCAUGAGAGUAUUAAUGUAAAUCGUUUGCAUGAAUAUACGAGGAGUUGGUUUGCUUGUAUGUCAUCCUUUUCUCUUCCUCUCUUUCCUAUCCUUUCACCUUUUCAUUGCAUAGAUCCCUCUUUCAGUAUGAAUACUAAUAAUUAACAAAAAGGGGCAAAUUCUGUUUUCGCCCAAACAAUCCUCGAUCUUGCGAAACGGAAACCACAUCUUUUGUUUGGGGAGGGAGCUGAUCCUUAUGAGAUUGAGACCUGAGACUUGAGACUUUUAGUCGGGAAGAAGCGUGCAUGUAUAUAAAAAUAUGGAAAUGAUGUUUAUGAUUGGAGUUAUAUGUAUGGGUGUAUAUUGUCGGGUGAUUAAUCGAUCGGCCUGAGCGGAUUUUGUCUUUUAAAGAUGAUUGGAACUGUAGCGAAGGAUCAUUAUAUGUAUUUGAUAUUAUAGUAAUGAGUGCCAUCUAAAAGCAAU